AUGGGUCUUCAUUCAACAGCCAGCUAUGGAGCUUCUGGUGUCAUGGCCCGAGGAGUUUCUGGUGAAGAUAUGACCAUUGCUCAAGGCCUCCUGGCAGGUAACCCGCUGGGUAUUCCAUCAAGAAACGGUUCAGAGCUGCAGAGACCACCCAGUAUGAACCAGCAGGGCGAGAACCUUCCACCGGACUAUGCCAAUCAAAGAAGAUCGAGAUACAACUCAACAAGCAACAGUUGGACUUCUUCAAGUGAUGAGGAGACUGAAACCGAUGAUAUUGGAGACCGCACCUAUUAUAUCGAGACAUUCAACAAACUUGCCCACCAGUAUGGCAUCCCUGAGCUUAUACCAGAUAACCACGAAUCCGAACAGAUAGACAAAGUCGUCAUUACCGGGAAGGCAGGGAGUUGGAUCAUGAAAAAGCUCCUGAGGAGAACGACUUCUCUGUUGUCCCUCAACAAGCCCAAGCCGGAUCUGAAGCAUAGGAGAAGCAUCAGCGAUAUUUCUUUGCGUAUGCCCGGAGCAAAGAAAGAUGCUUUUAAGGAUAGACAUCUAGCAGAGCUUGUGCGUCUCUGUGGAUCGAGCAACUUUGAUUUGCCUCCUGAGUAUGCUCAUGGGACCUUGAGCUUGCCGACUUGCUUUCGUGCUACGGCGCAGUAUCUUGUCCAGCGUGGGCCGUCCAUGAAAGGAAUCUUUCGUAUUUCCGGGUCACAUGCCACCGUGGCAGCAUUAUAUGACCAUUAUGCAUCGCAAGAUGAAGAUGGCGAUGUUAUAAGGGAUACCGUCAGAUGCCCAACUCUGCCUGAGAAUAUCAAGUGUGACGAGCACGAUGUAGCGUCCACGUUCAAGAAGUUCCUUUUGGGGCUUCCAGGAGGUAUCCUAGGCAAAAUGUGGCUCUUUGAGGCCUUGGUUGCCAUCCAUAACCAGAUGGGCGUAGCUCCGGAUGUGGUGAAGACGAGGCAAACCAAGGUCAGACCCCGUAUGAUUGCUAGUGCUAUAGCCUCUCAUCCAUCGAGAUUCCAGCGGGAUCUGAUCUGUGCUGUUUUUGGUCUUCUAUCUAUGAUUGGAAGAGCGUCAGAGACUGCACGCCGUGAGGAUUCAGAUGGGAGACCUCUACCUACCAAUGAAUUGAUGGGAUAUGGCCCGUUAGGAACACUCUUUGGGCCUCUUUUGGUUGGAGAUCUGAUUUAUGAAUGUAAUCCUCGCCGUGGAGAAGUGACGGUUGAGAUAUCUCAAGGGCAAUCGUUGCCUAAGAAGAAGUCAAGGCAUAGGAAGCCAAAAAGUGUUGAAGAAAGCCUGUUAGAGACGAAGGUUGCUUCGGACAAGUUGAAGAUUGCAGGUGGUGUGGCAGAAAUGCUUAUAACUCACUGGCGUGAUGUAGUCAAGCAUAUGAAGAAUCUCAGAACUGUGGGGUCGUCUGUAUUCCAACAUGAUCAUAUUCAAGAGCGUGGAAACGGAAUACAUCCCCUCCUACGGUCGUCAACUUCCGUGUUCGUUCUUAGACGUCCUCCCGAUUGGAAUCCUGUAGAUCGAGAUCAGUCGAAUCGUUUUGGGGACAGGAGCGGUUCACCUACACCGCCGUCACGCAACCGACUGAGAGUCCGUAACAACAUAAGUAACCUUUCGUUGUACAACCAACAGCAGGAAGUUCUGAUCAGGAGGAAAAGGUCUAGGCCUAGGGCUCAGCCAAGCCAGAAGCUAUCUGGUUCAAAGUCUAUGAGCGUAUUGACCCCGCCGAGAGAAGAUAAUAGCGAGACACACUACCAGCACCUUGAUUGUGGGUGCCCCACGCCUAAAGCUACUAUCAGAGCUGUUUCUGGCGUUCCUCCUACCGAGAACGAAACAAUUUCUAGUGGCGACUCAUUAUAUCGGGAUUUACUCUCGUCUCUUCAACCACCAAGUGAGAACAUCGCACCUCCGGGUUUACGCGUAGCAACAACAACUACUUUACUUGAUCAACCAUUGAUUGAAAACGCCAAUCUCGUCAAUCCUGUCGAUCUCGACUUAAGACAAACUGCUAUUGUGGAAAGGCCGCAGGAAGUACAGACCCCUAUCAAAACACAACAAACGCAGGGUCCAAAUGAGGCGUUCGCACUGAAUGAUAACAUCACCAACACAACAACAGUAGAACACUCACAAGACGAACAAUCUACAGAAAACAGUGAAAUCAUCAAAGAGACUGAAGACAGAGAAGGCACAAUGCAGUUGAAAAAGAAACAGCCCAUUGCCAAGCGUGGCACUCCUAAGGUCUCAAAGGCCACAAAGGUCCCACCAACGGAUCAACAAAGCGAAGUCGAGGGUGACCUUCCACCUCGCAUCAGCCGCCUUCCAGGAUACUCACCUUCUGAGCAUUUGGAGAGGCGUAAACUUGAUCAAAUCAACCUCGCCGUAGCGCGUGACAGCAAUGAUAUCUCAGCUAAGAGCCAAGAGAGUGAUGCAGACAGCGAUCUGCCACCACGUGUGAGACGCAUUCCAGGACAGUCACCUUCUGAGCAUCUGGAUAGAAUUCUUUCUCUCAAUAUCCCAGAUUCAGUUGGUAAACACACUCCAGCUUACAAGUCUAAUGGAUCAGCCCUCCGAUCUGGUGGCUCGUCCAUUUUCGCUGAUGGCGGACCACGUGGGUCUAUGAUGAUGUCUGAGGUUGAAUCUGGCUCGGUGAGAGUUUCUCACGAGCAAGAUAUGGCGUCUUUGGCUUCUCUCGCUCAGGUUCUCAAGUCUGAGAGCAACAAUGAAUUCCAAUCUCUUGACCCAUCUGGCAAUACCACAGAGUUUGGCACAGAUUAUGGGGAAAUUGAUUACACGCCAACCAAUAUAUCGACUCUCAAGCACACGGAAUUAGAAGGUGCUGGAUCACAGAAGGCAAAUCACUCGGUGAAGCGUGCAUCAUUCGCGCCUGACUCGGAGGUGCUUCAAUCACACCUUCAACGCGCAUCAGCAAAUCCGGCGGCUUCGGCCAAGAGAAAUUCGGCUGGGAUUCAAUACUUGAUUGGGAAGUUCAACACCGUGGACCAAGAUACUGUCGGAUUGCCAUCUCCUUCACCCAUGACAUCGCAAGCCACUUUCGGUGGUAGAUAUAGCAUCCAAUUCCCAAUCGCGGCACCAUCAACCUAUGCCAUGAACUCAUCGCCUCUUUUGUCACGCGGUGCUCUGAAGUCGAGCAAGGGCUUUGGGAAUGAGACCGGCCAACACGGCUUUGACAUGGAGGUUGCCUCACCAAAGAACCUUCCACCAACUAAGAUUCCUCGUCCAAUCUCGAUGUCCCUGCUCUCUUCCAUCACUAACCAGGCUGAAGCUCAGCUUCCAAUCAAGGCUCUGAAGCCUACCAAGAAGCAGCUUGAUCGUAGAAGUUCGUACAUGGAUGGAGGCUAUAGCAGCAGCCCAGUUCUACCCAGCCACAGCCUGCUUAGAGAUGGCGGUUCUAACGAGAAUAUGGGCACAACAGGACGCUCAGGCAGAGAUAAAACUCGUUCUAGGAAGGCUGAAAUUACUAUCUGGGACGAUUCGAACACCACCCCCGAGCCAAGAUCGACUUCUGUCUCCAGCCACGAGCAGCCAUCUGUUGACCCACGUUCGUCUAGCAGCUUCAGCGGCCCGCAGUCAUCUGCUGAUCCGCGUUCAUCCAACGGCGUGAACCCUGAAAACACUAAGCUAGGCCCAUCAGCUACUGCCCAGGCACCAACUACUCCGGCUGUGGGAACGAGAGCGCAAGGAAAGGGUACAUCUGUGCUUUUCUCCCAGAUUACCAAUCUCCAGAAACUGCUUGAGGCUCGCACCGAAGAGGCAGACAACUUGAGAAAGCAGCUCGCUACUAAGGGUAGCUUGAAUGACCUCAGCACCCUGGCCGAGCAGCUCAGAGAGGCUAAGCGUGAGACUGCUACCUGGCAGAAGCGUGCCGAGAUGGCGGAGAGACACCUGGAGAGACUCUCACAGUUUAACCCAGCCACGAUCAGCGAGGCUAUGGCCGAAAACUCCGCUUAUCUUGAGGUAGAUGCUACCCGUGUGGCGGGAGUGCAUGAGUACCCCGUUGUCGGCAAGAGAGAUUUCCGCCCACUGGAGAUUGCUGGAACGACGCAGCAUGGAAAUGUGGAUGGUGCUAGGAGCAGUGGAGAUUCUACGGACACUCAGGGAACGACUAUAAUGAGAACCAUUCCGGAGUUGAGAGAGUUUAGGGAUUCUUCCACCGAGGAGUCCGUUGCUACCUACGGCACGUUUGAGAGACAACCAAGAAAGUUGAGGGGAACAUCUGAGGAGGACUUGAUUACCUUCUCGGAGACCGAUUAGAUUAUUCAUCGGCAUCAAAGCAUACAGUUGAGCGCCCUACGAGGGAUUACAUAUCGACUUGAAUCGGAAGUUUGGAUUACUGUAAGAGAUAGGAUAUGAUGCAUGUGGGAGGCGAGGAAGUACUGGGCGGUUAAUAUUGAUGGCUUUGAUUGUUUUUCCUUUUUUUCCUUUCGUUCGAUGGGCCAAGGUGGGCGGAUAAUAAGGAGUUUUCGGUGGAGUAAUGGGUGAGGGGGCCACGCAUGUGUAGGAGUUGAGGAGGAUAACUGAACUUUCGAGGGGGACUAAUGGGAGGAUGGGAGCAUGCAACGUAUAUGGGC